GCCGCCGCCGCUGCUCCCGCUCCGCGCACAAUGGCGACUCCCAGCCCCAGCGGCGGCUCCGGGGGGAGCGGGAGCGGGCCCGGCCCGGGCGCCGCCGGCAGCAGCAGCAGCAGCAGCAUGCAGGGUAAACGCAAAGCGCUGAAGUUAAAUUUUGCAAAUCCACCUUUCAAGUCCACAGCAAGAUUUACUCUAAAUACUUCUGGAGUUCCUUUCCAAAAUCCACACAUAGAGAGACUGAGAACACACAGCAUUGAAUCAUCAGGAAAAUUGAAGAUUUCCCCUGAGCAACAUUGGGAUUUUACAGCAGAGGACUUGAAAGACCUUGGAGAAAUUGGACGAGGCGCUUAUGGUUCUGUCAACAAAAUGGUCCACAAACCAAGUGGGCAAAUUAUGGCAGUUAAAAGAAUUCGGUCGACAGUGGAUGAGAAGGAGCAGAAGCAGCUUCUGAUGGACCUUGAUGUGGUGAUGAGAAGCAGUGACUGCCCCUACAUUGUUCAGUUUUAUGGCGCACUCUUCAGAGAGGGUGACUGUUGGAUCUGUAUGGAGCUCAUGUCUACCUCGUUUGAUAAGUUUUACAAAUAUGUAUAUAGUGUAUUAGAUGAUGUUAUUCCAGAAGAAAUCUUAGGCAAAAUCACUUUAGCUACUGUGAAAGCACUAAACCACUUAAAAGAAAACUUGAAAAUCAUUCACAGAGACAUCAAACCUUCCAAUAUUCUUCUGGACAGAAAUGGGAAUAUUAAACUCUGUGACUUUGGCAUUAGCGGACAGCUCGUGGACUCCAUUGCCAAAACGCGGGAUGCAGGGUGCCGGCCGUACAUGGCGCCGGAGCGGAUAGAUCCCAGCGCCUCGCGGCAAGGCUACGACGUGCGCUCCGACGUCUGGAGCUUGGGCAUCACACUGUACGAGCUGGCCACGGGGCGAUUCCCCUACCCCAAGUGGAACAGUGUGUUUGACCAGUUGACACAAGUAGUGAAAGGAGACCCACCACAGCUGAGUAACUCAGAGGAAAGGGAGUUUUCCCCAAGCUUCAUCAACUUCGUCAACUUGUGCCUUACAAAGGACGAGUCCAAAAGGCCAAAGUACAAAGAGCUUCUGAAACAUCCCUUCAUCCUGAUGUAUGAGGAACGCACAGUGGAUGUUGCAUGCUAUGUUUGUAAAAUCCUGGAUCAAAUGCCAGCAACUCCCAGCUCUCCAAUGUACGUGGAUUGAUACUGCUGCUACAUCAAACUCUAGAAAAAGGGCUGAGAGAAAACAAGCUGUAAAGAAUUUUCAUCACAUAUUGCAGUGUUUUUAAUGCUCGCCCAGACACCAUGUGCAAUAAUAUUGGUGUUAUUUCCAUCCUGUCUGUAUACUGUUGUCACAUAUAAAGUGCAUCCCUGUAAUACCUGAUCACACAGUGUUAGUGUUGGUCACAGAGAGACCUCAUCUUGCUCUUUUGUGGACAUAUUCAUGAAAUGUGGAAAUAAGUACAUAUAUUUGUUGACUGUGAUUGGAUAGCACCUAAAAUUCAUUUCUAGACUCAAAACUUGGAGACUCCUCAGCAGCUACUGGAAAGAUUUUUCUCUCAAACUCUUCCGAUUGUUGUUUCAAGUAAUAAUAAAAAGCAAACAAACAAAAGUUAGGCGUUGUCUGUCUGAACAUUAAGAGACUUUGCCUGGAGGGAGAAGAACUUGCUUAACCAACGAGAUGCUUUGCCUUCUGGAGCUGGAAAGGCAAAGGAGAAUUUUAUUCUUCACAAAGUGCAAUAGAUUUACUGCUAUGAAAUUCUGUUGCUUUACAGUCGCAGUGUACUUUCUGGGGACAGUGUGCUCAGCUGAACUUCCUGUUAAAGAGAGAUCAUGUUAAAUAUAGUGAAUAUGUCUUUACCAAAAAUAUGUUGCGUUGAAAGAGGCUAACAUUAAACUAUUGAGAUGGGACAUAAUGUAUUCUUCCUCCUUUUACCAAGCCAGCCACUCUUCACUCUUAACUAGGUGUCCUGUAAAUUGUUACCUGGUAAGAUAAGACCUUUGACCUGAAGAAUUAUUAAACUACUUGAUUGAAUUUAA